AUGCAACUAGCAGCAGCUAGUCUUCUUCAAAGCUUCAAAUCCAAGCAACAAAGACACCUGCCUAAAUUCCCUCUCAUCAUAUAUUGGAACUUUGGAGCUUCCGUUCAUGUAAACAGGGACAUGAUUUUGAACCCACUAAGGGACACUAGGGUUUGGUUUAGAUUGCAACUACUCGGCUAG